GGAGGAGUAGCGCGUUGUGUUAGUUUAGAUGGACGGCAACGAGAAGGAGAAGCCUCCAGACGAGGAUGGUGAUAACGGUAUGGACUGGGAGAAAUACACGCGCAAGCGUAACUUGGAUUUAUCACCAACCAAGCUGGAGCCUUCCCCCAAAAAAAUUGUAAUUGACCCGGCAGAGUCCGAAAAGCAGUCGGGUAAUACAAAUAGUGCAGUUGUGGAGCCCGGUACUAGUAGGAUGGUCGAGUCUCAUGCGAACAGUCAAAAAGAGUCAGUUGAAAUAAACAAAAGUAACUCAACUGAAUUUAACCCGCAUCUAUACAAACACCCCAGUCUAGACAGCAAAUCACGAGAGUAUGGUGCCAACGAUGAUGGACCUUUCAUAGUGCAUGUCUCUAGAGAGGCCGCCCCUUCCUCCAGUGCCCCUCUAAAACCCAUAAAUGUAGGCCUUUUACUAACUCAGGCAAACGUCAAUAACAUCCAGAAGGACGGUGGCAUUAAAUCGGUGGGUCGCAACAGAGUAGCGGUCACUUUCUCCACAGCUGCGGAUGCAAAUAACUUCCUGAAGCACCCGCUUCUAGGCGAAAAUAAGUUUAUAGCUGAUAUCCCUUCAUAUCAUGUAUCUCGAAUGGGAGUGGUGCGAGGAGUUCCUUCAGACUGGACUAUGGAGGAAUUGGUCAAUGGAACGUCCCUUAGAGAAGGUAAAGGGAAGAUCCUUAAAGCUCGUCGACUUCAACGGAAGGUACUUAAAGAUGAUGGCUCCCCGUCUUGGGUUCCGACUCAAUCGGUAGUAGUAACUUUUGAGGGUCAAAGCUUGCCUGCCAAAAUUUUUGCAUACUACACCUCAUUAGUUGUGGACGUGUAUCAGCUGCCAAUAAUCCAAUGUAGGAAGUGCCUCAGGUUUGGUCACAUCCAAGCACAGUGCCGGUCUGAUGCUAGGUGCUACAAGUGUUCACAAAAACACCCUGGGGAUGGAUGUAACAUUGCUCCUGAACAUGUUAGAUGUAUAUUCUGUUCCGGCAGACACUAUGCGACUGACAAGACAUGUAACGAAUUUGGUCGGCAGAAAGCCAUCAAACUGGCUAUGUCUGAACAGAGUAUUUCGUAUGCAGAGGCAGCUGCUCAGUUCUCAUCAGUACGCCGCCCAUACUCUGACGUAGCGAGAGUCAUGUUUGAGCAGAUUCCAGACUCUUCUAGAUCGUCCGAGUCACCCUGCCAUGCGUUUAUGCCAACAUCCCCGCCUACGACAUCUUAUCGUAAGACCAUUUAUCGGGCGCCCCGGGCGAGGGUCCCCCUCUCCCCAGGUUAUGACAGAGAGGCCCACAAUAAUAUUGUUCGUACUCCCCCACCACAGCUCCCCAAUGGCCAGGCCCUGAAUGGUGCUUACAAUAGAGUCACCCCUCAGGAGAACCUAAUGGAGCUGUGUUUGAAGUUACUAACAAAUAUCAUCGCCAAAUGGAGCGACAUUCUACCGAACGACGUUGCGCCUUUAAUGGUCACACUUGCAGAGCGACUCACCUUUCAUAUUCAUAAUAGGUCACCAGGUCAACUUUUUACAAUGGAAUAGUCGGAGUAUCAUCCCAAAGAAACCAGAACUUACCCAGUUGAUCAAUGAUCAUGCUGUGUCCGUUGCGGCCAUCUCGGAGACAUGGUUACGUCCCGGGGCUCUUUUUAGAGUACCGGGGUUCUCGUGCCUCCGGGAGGACCGUAGUGACGGACGUGCUGGAUGUGCGUUAUUGAUUAAACAUUGUUACCCAUUUUCUCAAAUUUCUAUCCCUCCCCACUCGGAUGGGAUUAAUGCCGUAGCUGCAAAGGUUAUGGGCAUUAAUUUCAUCUCUGUAUAUAUACCCCAUACUGAGGUAGUUGAUAUAGACGAAUUGCAUUCUAUUCUCUCAUCUGUACCACACCCUCUGGUAAUUCUAGGAGACUUCAAUUGCCACAAUAUUUCUUGGGGAUCAUACCAUUCCGAUGCUUUUUCAACAGCUCUGCUGGAUUUAUUUGAUGACAUUAACGUGGGAGUCAUUAACGACGGUACCCCCACGCAUCGGGUUUACCCAGGUCAGAACCCCCAAUCUGUUCUGGAUCUGACUGUAUGUUCGCCGAACCUAUCGUCCUUGUUAUCGAGGAGGGUUUUGCGCCAAUCAUAUGGUAGUGAUCAUUUUCCGAUAAUUAUCACUAAACCAACGUCGAUCCUCCCUUCACCACCGCCAGAGCCGCUGCUGAAAUACAAAAUACAGUCAGCAGACUGGCCCAAUUAUGCUUUUUUUGUCGAAGAAAGUAUCAAAGAGAGGAACCCCACUGAGAUGGACCAAGAGGGAAAGUAUACGUACUUCAAAAAUAUCAUUUUGGAAGCUGCCGACAAAUUUAUCCCGAAAAAGAAGCCUGCCAGGGUUAAAAUUCCUU